CUUUAAAAGACUGAAAGAAAAUAAUAUUAAGAGUCAUUAUAAAUAAAAUAAAAAGUAAUUUUAAUAAAAAAUACAAAGAUUUGCUAGAUUUACAACAAAAAUUAAUUGAAAUAAAUUUAUCAAAAGUCUGUAAUUGUUUCAAAUACUAUUUGUAAGAAAAAAGUGAUUUCUUUUUUUAGUGGGCUGUUAAAUUUACCGACAAAAAAACAACAACAAAUAAAUACAAUAAUAAAAAAUUUACAAAAAAUAUACAAUAAAAAUAAAGUAAAAUAAACACGUUGUUAAUAAGCGAAGCGUUAACGUCUGAUCUUGAAUUUAUAAACUAGUUAUUAAAUUAAAUGAAAAAUCAUAAAUAUAAUAUUUGCCAAAAAAGAAAAGGAAAAUGAAUUGCAGCCAUUAAUUUAUAAAGAAAAAAAGUGAAAUUUCUUUUAACAUUGAUCAGUCAGAAAAGAAAUCAUUAAAAGAAUGAAAGAUUUGAAAACAAAAUUGCACUCAUCCUCAAGCAGAAAAGAUUAUAAUGCUCAAAUUAACAGUAAUUAAUAAAGAGAAUAUAUUUUCCAUUUUAAAGCAAUAAAACAGUGUAAACCGUCCUCGUUAUUCAUUUGCAGACUACUUUAAAAUUUUUUGAAUCCUCCAUAUAGCUUCAUAAAUUAUAGCAAAAAAAGGCAAAAUAAAUUAACAACAUUAUCAUCAUGAUGAAGUGUAUAAUAACAAUAAUGACGUUGAUUACUACCACCAAACUACUACCAGCAGAUUACUCCAACAAUAUAUUUAAUAGUCAUUUUCAUUAACGAAAAAAAAGCAACAAAUUAAAACAGAAGUCAUAAAAUUCAACGCUAUUGGGACUCACUGGUUAUAAAUUUGUAAAAUUGUAUUCAGCAACUGAAAAAAAUACGUUUUUGUUUUUCUAAAUCUAUAAAAAAAACUACAUGAUUUUAAUGAACAGAACUUCAGUCUAACGACAGCAAACGACCCUGCGACUACAACGAAAACUACGACGCGCAUCGCUGACUACGAGCCUGCAAAAUAAUUGUAAAGAAUUUUUUUGAAAAGUUAUUACUGAAUCAGCAAACGUAGUGAGCGAGUAGUUAAACGUCAUAAUAAAAGUGAUCGUGUAAGAGAGUGCAGUGGAUUUACUAACAAUAACAAACGAAUUUUUAUUAAUAAAAAAAUUGGAAUUUUUUAACACGAAAUAAAGAAAAUUUUAACAAAAAUAUAAAUAAUUUAACAAUUAAAGUGAAAAAUUAAGAAGCGAUCAUAAGAUUUUGUAAAAACAAAAUAUGGUUCAUUUGCCCUGAAAAUUUUAAAGAAAUCUAUAUCGAAGACAAAAAUAUACAGUGACUAAAAGAAACCUUAAAUAACGUAUUAGUUUUGUUGAAUAAAAGUGCUAAGAGAAUCGAAAUUCUUAAGUGGUCAAGAGACCCCUACGAAAUAUCAACCUUUUAAAAGAGAAUUAUAACAGUUUUAAUAAAAUAAAGAAAUAGUAUAACAGUUUGAAAUAAAAAACAAUAAAAAUACCACUUCAAUAAGAAGACAAUUAAAGUGCAAUUUCUAAGUGGUCCAAGGUCCCCUUUAAAAAAUCAAAUAAUAGUGUAAAUAAUAAGUGAUUGUACUGCAGUUUUAAAAUAUUAAAAAAAACAAUAAAAAUAUUAAAUUUCUAGUAGAAAAGCACUAACUGGAGGUGAAAUAUUCAAGUGGUCUAAAACCCCCCUUAAGAGUUUAACAUCUACAAAAGAAUUAUAAAAGUUUGAAGCAAAGAAAACAACUAAUACUUUCAACAAUCAUUAACAACUGGAUAAUCAUCAAAAACUCAACUAUUUGUGGCAAAUAUCAUAAGUGGUCAAGAGACCCCUUAACACAUUUGGGGGAAUUUUAACAGUUUUAAUAAACCACAGUAUUAGCAUAACAAUUCUAAAUAAGAAAUGUAUAAAACUUAUUUCUCAAAACAACAAUAAACUAAAUUUCAAACUUCAUUAAUACAUGGUCCAGGUGCCCCUUUAAAAAUCCAAUAUAUUAAAAACCUGCAAAAGUGUAAAUUAAACAGAAAUUUAAUAACACGGGCAGCAUACAUUGAACUUUAAAAACUCUUGACUUAAGGGCAGUUAUUUCUAAACAAUCCCUAAACUAAAACUAAAAGUUGUAAAAGGUCCCCCUUUUAAAGAUUAAACAAAUAAAAGCGGUUUAAGAUAAACAAAUACUAAUAAUUCCCAAAAACAUCAAGAACAAACCAUUACAAACAAGAAACUUCCUAAGAAAAGUGAAAAAUCUUAAAGCGCAAUAAGUGGUCCAAAGACCCCCUGAAACUAAAUACAAAUUAAACUUUAAAAAUUUAACAUUAAAUACCCAAAGAAAAAAACUCUCACAAUAAAAUGCAAACCUCAGCUAACAACAACAAUUGCAAUACCGCUCAAUCCUCGGAAAGUCGUAGAUUACUGCAGCGCCUUUUACUCGAUCUCUUGAUCUUCAUAGUGCUCAUCAUACCCAUAGUAGUGUGUGAAUUUGCUAUAGAACCUUUUCGACGCGGUUUCUUUUGUGAUGAUGAAACCAUACGUUAUCCCUUCAAAGGCAAUACUAUAACCCCUAUAAUGCUGGGUUUAAUAGUAGGCCUACCACCGGUAAUAGUGUUGGUUAUAGGAGAAUAUGCGCGACAAUAUAACAAGGGACAAUUGAGUAAUACUCGGAAUAUAUUUGGUCGUCAAAUACCCACCUGGACGACUAAUUGUUUUAAACAAUUUGUAUACUUUUGUUUUGGUUUACUGUUGACGUUCGAUGCCACCGAAGUGGCUAAAUAUACUAUUGGACGUUUAAGGCCUCAUUUUAUGGCUGUGUGUCAGCCCCAACUAUCCGAUGGCACGACUUGUAAUGAUUUGAUUAAUCAACAUAGAUAUGUAGAGAAUUAUUUUUGUCUCGGAUCCGGUUAUACUAUACAAGAUGUUAGACAAUCUCGUCUCUCUUUUCCUAGUGGUCAUUCGAGUUUAGCCUUCUAUGCUUUAGUGUAUAUAUCUUUAUAUCUGCAGAAAAGAAUGCACUGGCGUAGAUCGGAUUUGACAAGACAUUUCAUUCAGUUUGCCCUCAUUAUGCUGGCCUGGUUUACUGCUCUUACUCGUGUUAUGGAUAAUUGGCAUCAUUGGUCAGAUGUUUUAGCGGGCUCUUUAAUAGGGGUCUUGGGUGCCUUGAUUACUGCCAAUUAUAUAAGUAAAUUCUUUAAAUCGUCCUAUAAUGAAUUCGGUUCUUUAAGAUUGCCAGGUCUGGCCAGACAAGAUACUUCAGCGACAUUGAAUGAGGUGCUGGCAGCUACUCCACCGCCCUAUACAAUGAAUCAACAGCCGGUGAAUGCUUUUACAAAUGAAACGUACUGCACGAAGGUGUAAGGGUCCGAGGGGUAAGAGUAGGUUUUAAGAGUUUUGACUAUAUAUAUAUUGUGUAAAUAGUUUAAAUUGGAAGUUAGUUAAAAAAAACAAUAAAAUUCAAGAGGGGAAGUGGAGAAGCUAAAGGAAAACUGAAAUUUUUUUUACCAUUUUUUUUCCAAAUUAUGUCAGACAUUAAUGUUAUGACAUGCCAUUAUGUCAGGCCUUUAUGAUGUAACAUUACAAUAAAUUUAAAAGCAAUUUUAACAAAUAUUAAAAAAAAACAUAAAUUUCGUCAGAAUAACUUGAUACUAAAUAUUGAUGUUAUGACAUGACAUUAUGUUAUGAGAUUUAUGUCAUGAUAUUAACACAAUUUAAAAAGUAAAUUUAACAAAAAUUAAUUAAAAUCAUAAAUUUUGAUAGAACAACUUGAUAAAAAACAUUUAUGUUAUGACAUGACAUUAUGUUACGACAUUUAUGUCAUUAAUACAAAUUGUUAAAAAUAUUUUUAACAAAUAUAAAUUUUAUAAAUAAAGUUACAACGAAAUAUUAAAAAAAAUGAAAAAAAAUCGUGACAUAAACUUAUCUAACAUUUUUGUCAUAACAUAACUAAGUUUUCUUUAGUUGUCAUAACAUAAUAAUAGUUUUGUAAUUAUUAAUAUUAAAAAGUUUUCAAAAUUUCGUAAAUAAUUAAAGCAAAAGUUAUAAAUUAUAUUCGUUAAAGAUCUGCCAUUUGUUUUAACAUAAAAUCUCAUAACAUUUAUGUCAUGACAUUGUGUUGGAUUUUAAAAAUUGAAUGUAAAUGUAAAACAAAAAGGCUAUAAAAGAAAUGUUUUGGGAUUUAUGAAAAAAAAUCUAGUUUUAUUGUUCAAAAUGUCAUAACAUGAAAUCUUGUAACAUUUAUGUCAUAACAUAAUGAUUUUUUAAUAAUAAAAUUUAAAUGUUAAAAUUUCGUAAAGAAUUACGACAAAAGUUAUAGAUUAUUAUUCAUUUAGGAUUUGCAAUUUGCUAGAGAUUUGUUUAAACAUUAAAUCUCAUAAUAUUUAUGUCAUGACAUAUUAAAAAGUUUAAAAAUUCAAACCCAAAUGUAUAACAAAAAGAAAAAUAAAAAA